ACAGGCGGUGAUUUGCUCUCUCGUGUAAUUCCCAAUAUCACUGGCUACACCACAAAGUCUACAUUUAUCUCCUCCGGUGUCUUAGGUGAUAUACGAAAAUAUAUUUAGGCUUGAUUCUGAUUGGCAGACGGUUAGUCUAGCGAUCAUGUAAAGUGAAUCGUGCGUCGCCUUUCGUGUGAGAAGUUGAACUUUUUGAAGCUACUAUGAGGAUCACAGACACGGAAGACGAUUAUACUGUGACAGCCGACCAGCGCGCCGCCCUUAUGGAGCUGGAGACCCUCACGUGGAACUACCCGACACCGGGCCAAGGGCGCUCCGUCGGCCAGAGUCAGGCGGAUGACGACGACACUGACGAAGAUGAUGACGAUGACUCCUACUAUGUGGACAUUGCUCCAUAUGACAUGACGGAGAGGUUGAAGGAGGUCAACCGCGCGCUGUUAGAGGACCCGACUCCUGCUGAAUGCGAUCGUGCGAUAACCAUUCGAUUCAGGGAUGUUAUCGCGGAUUACCAAUCACCGCGAGAGUAUUACCCGUCAGAUUCGGAUGACGGAUACGGAGACUCCUCGGAUAUCUUGUAUGACGCCGAGGAGGAGGACGACGGGUUGACCUCUCUGACGUCUGAGGCCAAAGAGGUCCUGGGAGGGAAUGUGAAUUUGGUUGAUUUCACUAGUGACUUUGUGCAAGAUAACUGUGAUUAUAAAAGUGUUAGAAACGGCCUGGUCAGCGGGAACGAUAUCAUUAAAAGUUACGGCAAUUUUGAGCCCGGUGACACUAACUCGUUUUUAAUCAGUGGGGAAAAACAGCAUAAUGACACGAGAAAAAGAGAUGUACCAAAGCUCAACUUAGGGAAUAAUCACGAUGACACGCCAUCGAAUCCGGCCAGGAGUAAAGUCUCUUCGGAGCAGAUUACUUCGAACGUGCAGAUUCCUUGUGAGAAAACGCUUUUAAAAGUAGACGAUUCUGGAUUGGCUGACCUGGAGACCUUUAUGAAAGAAAACGAAUCCUUGUCAGAGCAAAGUUCUUUAAGGGCUGACUCUGUUAAUCAUGAAGUAGCUGAAAUGAGGAGCGGUUCUAUGUCUUUAGUAGAAAUUAGUGAUAGAAUACAUGUAGAAAAGGGUUUCAGUAGUUUAGGCGAUGGUGUUAACGAGGAUUUCCAAGAAGUUGAUGAAGUAAUAGAAGGAGAACCUGAAAGCCUCUUCGAAAGGAGAGGAUCCAAAGAAAAUCUCGAACAAAAUGAGCAUUUGCCGGCCAAGAGCGGAACCGAUUUUUCCUGUUAUGAGUAUGAGGACGACUUCGAAGACAUCCAGGAUGAGACCUCAUGUUCGAAAGACACGGAAGAUGAUGUCAAAUCCUCCUCGCCGCGAGUCACCGUCCAGACGCCCGUCUCGCCGCGUCUGUCGAAGGACAAAAUCGAGAAGCCGAAGGAGGUCGCAGUCAGAUCCCAAGCGAAAGAGACGGCGGACGACAGCCCCGGCAAAAAGGAAGCUCAAGAGAGCAAGAGCCUCCAGAAGCAAGGGCACAAGAGCAGGAAGGACCAAGGUGCCUCCAGAAAGUCGUCGGCGACGUCGUCCAGCGAGCGGGGCAAGAAGCGCGCCGAGAGUCAGUCGCCCUCUGACGCGGCGAAAACUCCUGCCGGCAGAACCAAGCUCAAGAGGAGCUCGGCCUGCCCGCCCGCCAUCAAACCGGCGCUCCUCUCCUCGGACAAGCUGGGCUCCAUCAGGCCGGCGGAAGGUGGGAAGUACAAAAGCUCCUCUCGACCCGCGUCUCGCUCCGGCCACAGCUCUCUCUUUCCUUCUUCUACCUUCUCGUCACACUCGCCUUCUUCCUCGGCCUCUUCUUCCUCUUCAUCUCCUCCUUCGUCGGCGGCCAAUUCAUCUUCCUCGAUCUCUUCCUCCUCCUCCUCCUCGACCGGCCGGGGACGCACACGCACCCCCAUGGGCGGGCCCGUUCGCCCCACUCAGCACAAAAACCCCGCAGCAGGACGAGCCAAGAGAGGCGUAAGCAGCAGCCCCGUCAAGGUGCCUGCUAACGCCCACCAGGGACUCUCCCUCACGCCCAUCACUCCGUCUCCGGCGGCAGUCCCGCGCUCUGGCCAGACGCCCCCUGCCAUGAGGACAGCGCCGCAGCACCGGGUCAGGAAAGCUGCCAGCGCCUCGGAUCUCCAUCGAGCGGCUGCAGCGGAGGAGACCGAAGACCGAAAGAGGCAGAACGAGGCAGUAUUUAAGGCGUGGCUUCAGCAGAAGAACAAGCAGGCUGCUCUUGCGAAAAAGCAGAGCACGCGGGCGGGCGGCGGGCGGAGCAGCGCGGAGGUGGCGGAGCGGCGCGCGCGGGCCGAGGAGGCGUUCCAGGCGUGGCUGUCGCGCAAGCGGGAGCAGCUGAGACUCGAGAAGAAGAUGCGCGGCGAGCGGCGGCGCCUCGAGGACCAGAGCCGCUACGCGAGGACGAAGGCCGAGUGCGAGGUCGCCUACAAGGAAUGGUGCCGACGGAAGCGGGACGAAGUGAGGACCUCCGUGCGCGUGGGCGUGGGCGUGCCGCGUUCACAGUCGCUAGAACGCCCGUGGGUGCAGGAGAAGACGAGGAAGCUGUACUCGGCCUACCUCAGCGGGAACUAAGCUCCUCGCAGCUGGGUGUUCGUGAGGCUCCUUCCUCCCGCAGCUUCGUGUCAUUUCCCUUCGCGAUCCUCGAGGAAAGGCGGAGGGAAGGCGGAGGCUGAUCUCACGAGUCCUUCUGGGAUGCGCCUUCCCUUCGCGCCGCUGGGCUGUGACUCGGUGGCCCUCGUCGUCGUCGCUUGGGUGGCACUGCCCAGCUGCCCGGUGUGGCACUAUGAUAGCAUGCAUGUGCCAACAUAAUGUACCAAGACAGAUUAUUAAAUAUUGCCACGCCAUUGUGUAGAGAACGGAAUCGCCUUUUGGUGGACACUGAACACAACAAUUCGCUCACAAAUAUGUUUUUGUAUUUUUUAGUCAUCAGUAGAAACAUGGUUAUUAGUUCAUUGUUAAAUGGCGGAUAGUAAUCCUAUUCUUUAUGAGGUAUAAAGAACGAUGACUCACGAUGUUCCUUAAUAAGCGGAUUGUUAAUUAUGCAAUAGAUAAAAUGGCAUAUUACGAAAAUCUAUGAAGUGAUUUCAUAUAAUUACAUCUAUUUAAAUGAGAUUCAUAGCCACUCUGGAUUUUCACACUAAGCUUUUUUUUCAUUGAGCGCUCUUAAAACCUAAACAAGCAAGAUCCAAUCGCAACUAAUAAAAGACACAGACAAAAUAUAUUUACACCUUUACCAGCAAACGAAGUUGUUUUGUUUAGUGUAAAAAAAGAUAGUUUGCUUCGAUUCUGAAAGGUAUUCAUGAUGUGUGGUUGCCAGGGGUACGAUGAUCUGAGCUCUGUACAAAUAUACACCCAACCUCUUAAUCUCUGAACAAAAUGUACUUGUACAAUACUUGUCUUUCUGUUUCAAUUUAAUUUCCACGACAUAGAUGUGUACCAUAAUUGUAUAUCACGUUGCCAUGCUUGUAUAACCAUCCUCACCCUCAGAUCAGAUUUAUAUACCAAGACUUUAUAUAAAAUCCCACUGAGCAACGACCAC